CGAAUCAUAUAAUACAGCACUGAAAUCAUAUAACCCGAGCAAAAUGGCGUCCGGUGAUCAGAAAUUCGCAGAACGAAAGAAUCAGCCGGUAUCUCCUCCGACGCCGAUUGUGCAGCCAACUUCUCCGACGAAGCGUGUGUUGAUCACUACCCUUCUCGCAGGAGUUAUUGGAGGAGGAGCUGCUUUAGUGUCCAAACACCGGAAAGCUUAUCCCAAUAUUCCCACUGUUUAUGCUACCAACUUCGCCAUCGUCGCUGGUUGCUAUUGCGGAGCUCGUGAGUUUGUGAAGAUAACUCGAAGAUCAGAACAUGAUGAUGUGUUGAACUCAACUAUUGGAGGGCUUUUCAGUGGUGCUUUACUUGGAAGACUUCAAGGAGGUCCAUAUGGUGCAUUGCGCUACUCUGUCAUUUUUGCUGCUAUGGGCACUGCAUCUGCCUAUGCCGGCCAUAAAGCAAAAGCAAUGUUAGAGAACCACCGUAACAAGGAUUCAAUCAAGUUGCCUGAGUGGUUUCCUAUUCAAAUACUCGAUGACGAAGCCUUAGCAAAGAAGAAAGCUCAGGAACAGAAGAUAUUCGCUGAAAGAUCAUUUGGGAGAUUGAACAAGGAAGAGACUUGACUACUUAGGUCUCUAGGUUAGCUGUUUCGUGAAUGUAACUCUGUGGUGUUUAGAUGAGACUUGACGAGGGCUUCUUUUGAGUUUCCUAUUGGGAAACAAAUCUUUUCUUUAGCCACAAGAAAACCUCGUCCAGAGACAAGUUGUAUGGUGACCUACCGUGAACGUAUCUAAUAUCUCUAUCUAUAUUAUUCAUGGUUGAUUAUGGGCAUACCUAAAACUUUGGAAAGUUUGAAUAUUGAUGGACUUGUUUUGGCACACGACUGAAGAACCCUUGAGAGGCAGAUUAAUGUAUAAUGUAGGAUGAUACUAUUGGAGAACUUAGAAGUAAUCAAGUAAUUUUGUUAAUUAACUUAAAUACGCAAGGAUUUUAAUUCCACCAACUACGAUUUUCUUUAUGGUUAGUGUGAACAUUUUAAAUAACAAAACUAUCCAAUUUUUUCUGUAAGUUUUAGGAAUUAGUUUUAGUUUUAUUCGGAAAUUACGAAAAAAAUUCUUACGCCAUUCUUAGAUCUAGAUUUCCCGCUGUCAAUUGUUUCGUUAUAAUCUAGGUUCUUUUUUUUAGUCAAGUAAGAAUUUUGAUGUUUUAGGUAAUUGAACUUUGCGACCGACUUUUUGCUAAAAGUUAACCAACUAACAAUAGUUUUAUUUGUCUUAGGGUUUACCAAAAAAAAUAAUGUAGGUUUGAUUAGUAAUCCUAUUCCACUGUAAUAAUGUGGAAGACAUUAAUGAGGCAUGCUGGAAAACUUGGAAAUAUGCAAUUUUUUUGUUUGAAAGAAUUUUAAAUUUAUUCAAACAAAAAAUCGUUUUUACAUUUACGGUUGUCUUGUAUCUAAGAACAUCUCCGACCCACCUCUAUAUUUGCCUCUAUAAUAACAUUUAGAGGUAAAAUCACUCUAACCCUACUUUAUUUAUUCGUCUAAAAUAGAGAUUGUUAUUUUCACCUCUAUAUUUAGAGGAAGAAAUAGCAUUCCUCUGUAAUAAAGACAUAUUUUUUUAUUCACAAAAUGAUCCAAUAACUUUUUACUUUAACAAUUAUAACCAACAUAAAUAUUUUUUAGUGAAAUGUACAGUUUAUAUAAACAUAUAAUCAUACUUUUUAUUUACAUAAUAGUUUCUAUAAAAAUAUUCAGUGUAAGUAAUAUCAUAAUUUUAUGAAUGUUAAACUAAAUUGGGUUAGUUUUCAACUUUCACAAAUAAAAGGUAUUAUUUGUAAAAUUAAAAAAGAAUAUAUCAAGAAUAUUCUUUUUUAGAGGAAGAAAUAGAAUACAUUGGAGACAAAUCUAUAAUAAUAAAGUUGAAGAGAAACUCUCCACAAUGCGCCACAUCAUCUCUCUUAUCUCCAUUUUGCGACAUGUGUCGAGCAAAGAGAGAGAGCUUCUUCUUUUUUUCUUCCAAUUCGUGAAUUUUUUUUGGGUGUUUCUAGCUCGUGGAUUAGCUAGAUUUUAUGAUUAUUUAUUGGGUCUUUCUAUUUAUUUAUUGGCCCAUACUUUGAAAUAUGCGGCUCGUUUGUGUUUAGAGUUAGGUGUGCCAUCUUCAGUUGAUUGACGCCGUCACCUUCCAUCGUCCCCGACUGCGUUUUCCUCUAACGUCUUCGCUUUCACUUAAAAUCAAGCUUUAAUUCAAUCAUUAAGCUUCACUCCACCUUUCUUUCCACUCUGUCUCAUUUAUUCUCAUUAACAAACGGCGUUUGUAACAGAUCCAAGGUCGAGCUAUAAAUAAGUGUUUUGGAGCGAUGAAGAUAUGCACCAUUGAGAUAUCUUAUAGCUAAAGCAAUCCGACGGACGCCUUCAGAUAUGUCGUCUUCCUAUGUUUUUCUCGCCAACUUGAGAGCAGACCGUUGCUCAAACAUGGCGGAGGUGCAUCUUCUGAGGUUCUGGGAACAUAAUUUUCAUUUUCCUUGCAUUAAUCAAUGGUUUCGUACAAACAUUAAUUGUGACCGGUACGUAGGGAAAGUAAUCUUUGAUUCCCGAUUACACAAAAUUAAUAUGGUGUUUAUUAUGUUUAAAUUCCAGUUUAAUUUAUGUAUUGCUUUCUACAAUUGUUUAAAUUUUUAUACAAAAUAAUUUUUUUUAAUAAUUUAUCUCCAAAAAUAUAUAUUUUUCAUUCCCAUCAUUACUUUUUCAUAACAAUUACAUUUCAAACUAAAACAAAGCUAAAUGUGUAAACUUAAACUUCAAAUGCUGAGGCUAUAACAUACAAUUCACCAUUUCCUUCCAAUAUAUCUUCACUACUAAACCUAAUAGACAUUAUCUUCACUACUAAACCUAAUACACGUUAUUCACCAUUUCGACCAUGAAUCUCAUAUACAUUACAAAAAAACAAUAUAUAUAUAAAACAUAACUGUAAAAUAAAAGUCGCGCCACCUCAGCAUACCGGUCAGAAUCUUGUGGGCUUGAUACGUGUACACUUAACCAAAACGUUACGUUUCAUUUAUUUGGUCGAUAUAUGGACUUUGUUUCUUUCGGGCUUUAUAUUCUCAUAAUUGAUCCAGGCCCAUUCUAUAAUACCUAAAUCUAAACACAUAUUGAUUGUCGUUUUGCUAUUAGGGUUGAACCCGUGUACUCCAUUCGAGAUCGAAGCAAAACCUUUGUUCCAAGAGAGUUCUUUCAUCUUCUUCCCUGUCAAUCCGCAGAGAUGCCGAUUACAGACUAGCCCUCUUCAGUUCCUUCUUAAAUCCAUACCCCAUGAUCUCUCUUGAAUGCGAUCUUGGGCGUGGAAUUUUGACUAUAAAAAGAAUGGCUAAUGCUACAAUCUUUCCCAUUUGAUUUGAGGACCGGACAAUGCUCCUCCACCAUUCAAGUGCGGUUGCUUCGUUAUUGGGAGGCCAGGAACGCCCGACUCAGUGGCGAACUCAUGGGAGUCGAUAUGUUGCUACUUGAUUCCCAGUCGGUGAAAAAAAUCUGUAAUGAAUCGCUGCCAAAGAACAGAAGACCUCUAGAUACUACCGCCUGUGAAAAUCCUCCUGUGAAUCGCUGUCGUCUAAGCUCCGGCCGUACAGUAGGAAGUGAUAUGUUCAUCUUCAAGUAUACGACGAAGUCACGGAAAGGAGAUGGAUAGUUGGAGUGCAUAGAUUAUUCUAUUCAUCUUUCUUUGUGGCGUGCUUCCUUUUUGGGCUGAACUGUUAAUCUCUUUGGAGUCAACUGAUUGACUGAACCGUGGCCUUAUUAGGUAAAGUUAGAAGAAACCAUUACUGCUCUGUUUAACGGGACAAAACAUUGGUCAUGAUUCAUCCUAAGCGAGAGCUUUUGUUUACUAAGCUAUAGUUUUGUUUAUUGUAAAGAAACUAUAGCAUAAAAACAAUGGUUAUUAGUUUUGAUGAAGGAGCUCUACCUCAUUAUGGGUUUCAUGGAUUUAAGCGUGAGCUUUUGAUUAGUUAUAAUUCUUACGGUUUUAUUCCAUUGUAGAUUUCCAAUUUGACCCAGCUAUAGAAACUCUUAAUUCUCACCGUGAGUGUAUGGAUGUGAGGACUUGACAGAAACACAAGAAGAAGAGUAAAGUGCAACUCAAGCAACUCAUUACUCAUUGUUUGCCAAAAAAAAAACUCAUUACUCAUUCGUGUGGAAGGAUGAUGAAUGUUUAAUCAUGUGUUGUUAUGUUGUGUACUUCUGCAUUUAAUUAUGUUUUAUGAAUUGUUCACUCAGCCACAUUAUGCAUUUUGUGCUUCACAGUUUUCAUUAGCUAUGGAAAGACAAUGAAAUUUCCAAAAGCCA